AUCGAAAUGCUUGUCAAACCGAAGCUACUAGUCCCUUGGCUGUGGCCUUCGUCCGAGCACUCUCCAGUACCACUACUGGUGCUUCUCAGACUCACCAGACCAAGGUUCUUUCAACCCACGCUGCCUUACGUGUGGGUGACAUUCGCCUACUAUCGCCUAGACGGCCAGAAUCACACACUUCUCCGUCAAGUGGAAAAAAAACGAUUUGUAAUCUUGAAACUCUCGAUAGCCUGCAGGGUACUUUGCAACAGCCUAAAACUGCCAUUCAGACCUUGGAGUCAAAUUCGGAAGCAAAGCUUCGAAUGGUCAGCUCCUCUUGUGCGACCGGGAACUCAGGUCCUUUCCAGUUCGAAAAACCACUAUCUCUCGAACCUGCCGGUAAACCAAGGACUAAUUACUGGCCUAGCUUACCCAAUUUGAUGGAGGUUCCCGGAGAGCAUCUGGCGCUAAUGUUUCUUAGCCACCUAACCAGUCUGGCGCCAGAAUUUUUGGAUCGUCUAGUCACUCGCCUAAAUCGCCUGCCUCCUUGCUUCUCCGUGUUAACUCGUCUCUUGCUCUCCAGGUGUCGUGAGCUCCCUCCUGAGAACUGCUCACUGCAUUCUUACAGUCUAAUUGGUAGGUUUGGGCCUGAAAUAUCCUCAACGAUUUAA